UAGUGGAAAAACUUCACUAGUGCAUAUAGAGCGUCAACUUCUUGAUUUCUGCUCAACACCCUUUCCAGUCCUUAUGCGAAGUCCUGUUGAUGGUUUCGGCCCAAACCGUCUUGGGAUGCUCCAUUAGACUUGGUUGCCGCGCUCGUUCUUCUGGCCUCCGAUCUGUGACGUUGUUGUUCCGGGGCAUCCGAAACAGUCUGCCGGGCCGCCUAGGCCUUCGGUGCGAGGAAAAGCCAAGUUUCAAGGCUGUUACGCCAGGGCGCGGUCCAAGUGUAGUCUGAUUCAAGUUACAGUAUCCUGUCGUUCAGCCAGUCUCACGAGAAGCCUCACGAAGCAGAACUGAGGGGAAUUCCCCAAUUCGAAACUGAAAAUGAGCCACGAGUGUCCAGUAUGCGGUAAGAAGAAUGUGUCCGGGUCCAAACUGGCUGCUCACCUCCGGACCCACACAGGAGAAAAGCCCUUUGAGUGCGCAGUUUGUAACAAGAAGUUCAGCGAAGUCGGUCACCUCAGAACGCACUUCCGGACCCACACAGGAGAGAAGCCCUUUGAAUGUGCAGUUUGCUACACGAAGUUCAGCGAAGGUGGCCACCUCAGAACGCACCUCCGGACUCACACAGGAGAGAAGCCUUUUGAGUGCACAGUUUGCAACAAGAAGUUCAGCCUAGGUGGCCACCUCAGAACGCACCUCCGGACCCACACGGGAGAGAAGCCCUUUGAGUGCACCGUUUGCAACAAGAAGUUCAGCCAAAGUGGCAAUCUCAGAAAACAUAUCCUGAUCCACACAGGAGAGAGGCCCUUUGAGUGCACAGUUUGCAACAAGAAGUUCAGCAAUGGAAGCAACCUCAGAAGGCACCUCCGGACCCAUACAGGAGAGAAGCCCUUUGAGUGCACACUUUGCAACAAGAAGUUCAGCCGAGGUGGCCACCUCAGAAUGCAUCUGCGAACCCACACGGAGGAACGCUGAAAGUAGAUGCCCAUAUGAGUCUUAUUUUUUCGAUGAGUUGUAGAUCAAAUUGAGCGGUUAAAAUGCACUUUCGGCGUGAAACGUUUUAUUUUAUCACUAUUUAAACAAUGAAGGAAGCGAUCUCCUCUGUGUAAAUCUUUCGCUUUGUACAGGUUCAUAGCAAUCUAAUUGGAGUGCACGCUGGACGUUACUGAAGUGAACUCUUUUAAGCAGAACAAUCUGACUACUGACAUUGAGCAUGUUGUCAUUAUGCUUGCAGAUGCUUCUUAAAGACUUUAGAGACCGUACUUGUGGUACUCGUGGUAGUGUUGACGAUGGAGUAUCAGAGUUAUCUUUUGCAAGUUAAUAGUUCUAUGAAGACGUCGGUCGUUUUGGAUGCGCUCUAGAAGCUGUCCUGAGCAUUCUUCUUUUUACGAGUUAUUUUAGGAUAGAUUUGCUUUUAGAUCAAUGUUGAAUUAUGAUCCUUUUCCGAUUUCAAUACGCGCUUAUAGUUCCUGAUCACAUGCCGUCUUCGUACUCAUGCGCAUGUGCACCACACGCUUCCGUUGAUUCUUGUUAAUUUAACUACGUCAUCUUCAGAUUAGCUUAAGAUCUGUUACAUAGGGUUGCAUGGUCUAAAUGGUGUGUUGCUUGCCUAUACGGCAUGUGGAGACUUUAAAAGUUGCUUUGUAUUAUCAUGACUACUCUUUUGAAUAAAAAGCUAUAGUAAAGCC